ACGCCCUGGGGCUCCGGGCAGCUCCUGCCGCCAGCAGCUUUGCUUUCCCGAGCCUUGUCCCUGGUUUGCUUUCCUCCUGGUGGCAGCUCAGGCUGCUCCGGUUGAGAAGACAUCCCUCUCUAGUGUGGGGGCUGCGAUCGUCCCCAGCCCCACUUUGGGGCUGGCUGUGCAACAUCUCCACUGGGUUCUUGCCCAGGGGGUCUGCUGGGGGUCUGUUGUGCAACAGGCCUGGCUGUCUGUGGUCCCCUUGUCCUUGUCACUCUGUCCUGUCGCUAAGGCAAAGUCCCCUUGGAUCUGUGCUGCCCCACAUGCUCCCUGCUGUCCAGCAUCCCCAUGCCUGGCCUGAGAGCACAGUGGAGGAGCUGUGCUGGCUCCCUGCAGUGACAUCCCCAGCUCCUGCCGUGGCCCCAUCCCCACAGUGGGGCUGGAUGCCCCUCAUCCCGUGGGUCUGGCCAUGGUCAGACCCUUGCUGCAGGGUUACCCCUCUCCUGGCCUUGGCCCGGAGCUGGUCCCCACCAGGCUCAGGCAUUGAGGGUUUGGCUCCCUCCUGGAAGAAAUUAUGGUUUUGGGGAUCAGAUCGGCUGGGCACAGGGCAAAGGGGAAGGGUCCACAGUCUCAUGGCAAUGCUGUUGCCUCCCACCCCAGGGAAGUGUUUCCUCUACUGCAACGGGCUCAUGGACCAUCUGUACGUCUGUCAGAAUGGCAACGGCUGCACUGCCUGGUACAAGACCCCCACCCACUUCACCGGCACGCUGGAUGCCUUCGUGAAGAUCACACGCUACGAGGGCGUCAGGUCUCUGUGGAGCGGCUUACCCCCCACCCUGGUCAUGGCUGUGCCAGCCACCGUCAUUUAUUUCACCACCUACGACCAGCUCCGUGAAUACCUGCAUGCUCGGACGGGAAGCCGGGGGCACCACAUCCCCUUGCUGGCCGGGGCCCUCGCCAGGCUGGGCGCCGUGACGGUCAUCAGCCCCUUGGAGCUCAUCCGCACCAAGAUGCAGUCGCGGCAGCUCAGCUACCGGGAGCUGGGGGUCUGCAUCCAGUCAGCAGUGGCUCAGGACGGCUGGCUGUCCCUCUGGAGGGGCUGGGGACCCACCGUGCUGCGAGACGUCCCCUUCUCGGCUCUCUACUGGUUUAACUAUGAGCUGGUGAAGGAAUGGCUCUGCAGGCAGGCCCGGCUGGACGAAGCCACGUUCAUGAUCAGCUUUGCCUCCGGGGCCGUCUCUGGGACGGUGGCUGCGGUGCUGACGCUGCCCUUCGACGUGGUGAAGACCCAGCGGCAGAUCGAGCUGGGAGACAGCGAGGUGCACCCAGUCGCCGCCUCCAAACCUUCCUCCACCUGGCUGCUCAUGCAGCGCAUCCACGCAGAGUCUGGCACCCGGGGGCUCUUUGCAGGCUUCCUGCCCCGCGUCAUUAAGGUGGCACCCGCCUGCGCCAUCAUGAUCAGCACCUACGAAUUCGGCAAGACAUUCUUCCAGAAGCUGAACCAGGAGCGGCGGCUGCGCGGGUUGUGAGCCGGGGCCGGGGCAGGGCUGGAUGCGGCCAGUGCCCCCCGGGGGACAGCGACAGCCCAGCUCCUGCCGAGGGGCCCCGGGAGCAGCCAACCGCACUCGGCCCUGCAAAGCCCAAGUGCCUUCGUGUCUGCGCUCUGCCUCCCCGCUGCCUGGGCACGGAGGCAGGGCCGGGCCAGCCCCGCUCUCCAGCCCCAGCCGCGCUGGGGGGACAUUGUGCCUGCUGCUGUGACACUGGGGACACACACACACACAUGGGAGUCCCCCACGCUCAUCCCUUUGAGGCUGGACAGAUGCUGCUGCUGGAUUCCCGGAUGCUCUGGCAAGAACGGGGUGCCCCAGGAGACUUGGUGGGGCAGGAGAAUGGGAGCUGGGGCUCGGUUGAGGACCAAACCCUCGGGGGUUUCUCGGCGUGCCCCACAGCCCUGCUCCAGCCAGGGCUCUGCCCCCCAUUUGCCAUCAGCCACGCACAGCAUCCCCAUGCCGGCUCUGCGUGGCAUGGGGACACAUCAGGACCCUCUACCUGCCUCUGGACCUCUCCCCCCUGUCCCCUGCCAGACCCCAGGCUCGGACCCUGCAUGGGGACAGACCUCGCUGCUGCUCUGGGGAGGGAGGGGGGGGGGGACACAGCAUUCUGGCAACCCGUGCCCUGUCCCUUCACUGCGAGGGCCUGCCCCAGCACUGUGCCCGCUGUGGGUGCUGCCCCAGCGACUCCACGGGGGAAUUUCUCUUAUUUUCUUAAAUAAAAUUUUGUCUCUUAGGGCAA